GCCAGAACUCAUUCAUAUGCUUUCCCACCUCUUUGCAUCAUCUAGAAACUUGCCAUUAUCUAAGUCAAUCACAAAAAAUGUCAAACAGAAUCAAGGACAGAACUCAGAGGGUCGCCAUGUGCGCCACCAGUGCCUGGGACCUGGAGGAGAUCCCCCUGGACGAUGACGACCCAAACAGCUUAGAAUUCAAAAUCCUGGCGUUCUACACCAAACACCACGUCUUCAAGAACCCGCCGGCUGCCUCCUCCCCAAGGCCGCCGAGAACAAGAAGUUUGUCCCAGAGAGGACUGGGGAGUUGGCCAGCAAACGACUCGUGGACACAAGUGUCAUGGGCUUGGAGAACUUCCCCAUCCCCUGAGCAGGCCACAAACCUGGGCAAGAAAAAGUCGUCUUGGAGAGCACUCUUUGGAGUGGUAGAGAAGGAGGAAAAUGAACAGAGCCUGCCUACGUUCCGCUUGGAGGGUCAGGCGAUACCAGAGCCUCACAGUCCCAGUCAUUCAAGGGCUAGGUCCCUUUCUAACAUGGGACAGCACAGAGAGCAUGAAGCUGAGGACCCCCAAGUCGUUUCCAUUGCCAACCGCGUUGCCGAAAUUGUGCAUUCCUGGCCCCCAGCCGACGAGGUCCACGGCCAGGCGGCAAGCCGCAAGUCCAAAGGCAGUUUUGUCCAUCCGUUCAUCCAGCGCCAGGGCUUCCAGCUUCCAGCGCCCAGUGGUAAGAAAGAUGGAGAAGAGCAAAUAAUAGCCCAAAUCGUUGAGCUGCUGAAAUAUUCAGGGGAUCAGUUGGAAAGAGAGUUAAAGAAAGACAAGGCUUUAAUGAACAGCUUCCAGGACCAGCUGUGCUACCCUGUUUUCAAGAUCAUCACAGACCAGUUCCUAAGGGGUGUGGACACCAGGGGAGAAUCAGAGGUCAGAGCUCAGGGCUUUAAGGCUGCUCUUGCAAUAGACGUCACGGCCAAGCUCACUGCUAUCGACAAUCACCCUAUGAACAGGGUGCUGGGCUUUGGAACCAAGUACCUAAAAGACAACUUCUCGCCCUGGGUCCAGCAGCACGGUGGAUGGGAAAAAGUGCUUGGGAUAUCACAUGAAGAAGUAGACUGAAAAAUCAGAAGAUUUGUAAUCUGGAAUACUCAUUAUCCAGCUAGGAUCCUGUCUACAUUGGUCUCAGCAUAGACUAUGGGAGAAAAUUAACAUGUACAAGGCAGAGGGAGCACUGAAGUUUUCAAAGUCAUUGUUCCUGUGAAUCCAGAGGCCUGAGGAGAGAGGCCUUGUCUGUCUUUAGCUCAUAGAAUGUAGUAGUGUGGCCAGUGACAUCCAUGUUUCCCAGGUUCUCCAAUGAGUGUGGGAGGAAGUCUAGGAAGACAAGUGGUAAUUUUCCUUUCAGAUGUUCAGUACAGAGACAGUCACCUUGCCUCUGUUGGCCGCUUUGGGGAAAUUUUGUUACAGAUAUUUGCUGAUCUCAUAAGGGCGAAAUGAUAAAUUGUGCAUGUGUUUA